AUGGCGAAACGAAGCGACAAGAAAAAUGCCCCAAUUGACAGGCACAAAGUGUUCGUUCGGAACAUCAGAGAAAACGACGUAGCCCCCCUGGAGGAAGAGUUCAAAAAUAUAUGCACCAAAUAUUUCUUCUUUAAAAAUAAAAACAACUCCACGAAAAGUGCCAUCUGUUCCUUCAAAACAGAUCGUGAGGCAGAAAAUUUUAUCCAAAAGUACCACGACAAAAAAAUACGAACCAGUAACAUAAAAUGCGAAUUUGCCUUCAGGAAAAAGUACAAUGAUAAAAAAUUAAUUUCUAUCACAUAUAGAAGACAUAAGAUUAACCACUUGAACUCCAUACAAUUGUACACCAAUUGUGAUUUGGACACCAUAGUCGUCUUGAGCUACUUGAAAAACCUCUUCCUCUUGAAUAAACACUUGUUGGUAAAAAGCCUAGAUGAAAAUGAUGAGGCCGAGAGGAAGAUGCCCACAAGGGAGGUGGCAUCACAGGACACGGAUGGAAAAAGCAGACCCAGGGAUAAUCAUCGGAUUGAUGAGGACGAAGAACAUUCAAAACAGGUUACACAAAACAGUGAGGGUAACACAGAUGGUAACAAAUCUGACCAAUCGAAUGAUGGGGAUGACAUCCAAGUAGUUGCCGAGAGGAAACUCAAAGAGUUCGAAGAAAUUGUUCUUAAUAUAGAAAAAGAAAAAAAAGAUUUAGAUAAAAAAAUGACGAAAAAAUUAAUUGCAAAAAUGCCGAAUAAAAAUAAAUCUUUAAGUAAAAAUUGCUUUGUCUACACCGUUGAAUUCUUAAAUUUAAAAAUGGCUGUUCAUUUCUACAAAUAUAUUAAUAGAAAGAAUUUUUUAAAUUAUCUAGAAGAUAAUGUUAAAAAUGGAGGGGAAAAAAAUGUGUUUUUUUUUCAUGAUCUGUGCUACUUGAACAAAAACAACAGAAGAGUUAUCGUAAAAAACAUUAAAAGGACAUGCCAUGUGGAAAAUUUACAAAAGUUAUUCAAACAUAUAGAAAAGGAUCCAUCAAUUUAUUUUCCCAAGAAAGAUAAUAAGAAGCAGGGGUACGCCGUGGUUACCUUCUCCAACUACCAGAAUGUGAAGAAGGCGCUUCUGCUGAACAAAUCCAAGGUGUGCGGAAGCACCAUCACCGUAGAGGAGGACAGGAAUCCAAGGUUCCUCAAACUGCUCGGCGUGCAGGGGGCUGACGAUGGGGAGAGUACCAACAACAGGACGCAUGAUGGGGAAAACAGCAACGACGAGAAGGACGAUGGGGAUAGUAGCAACGACGAAACUGACGGUGGGGAGAGUAGCAACGACGAAACUGACGGUGGGGAGAGUAGCAACGACGAGAAGGACGAUGGGGAUAGUAGCAACGACGAAACUGACGAUGGGGAAAACAGCAACGACGAGAAGGACGAUGGGGAUAGUAGCAACAAGAAGGCAGACGAUGAAGAGCGACAUGACAAGCGAACUCGAGACCACGUGAGCGACGUCGAGGAAGGGAAGACACUGUUCAUCACGAACAUUCCUAUGGGGAGCACCGACGAAGAAGUGCAGAGCUAUGUCACCAAGAACAUCAGCAAGAACUACAUCUACAUAAGGACAUGCAGAAAAGACGGGAAAAAAAUUUCUGCGUUUGUGAAGCUCAAAUAUAAAGAAGAUGCAGACACAUUUUUGAAAAAAAUUGGCGAAUACCACGAAGAGAACGAGGAAGAAGGAGAAGAAGAGGAAAACGUAAUUGACAAAUUCUACAACAUGAAGAAGAAAAAAAAAGAAAGAAUGAAACAAAUUCUGCUUAAAGAUCAUAACAGUGGGAAAAAUGCAGAAAUUUUAUUUUUCAAAAAUAAUUAUUUAAUGAUCAAAAGGGCUGUGAGUAAGGACUCCAUAAAGGAAAAAAAAAAAAUUCCUAUAGAGGAAAAAAACAAAAAAAAACAAAAGGACAGACUGCACAAUAACAUCCACCUGGUACAGGACAAUGACAUCAACAAUGAACACCUGGGAGAAAACAUAAUAAAAAGAAACAACGACUUGAUGGAAAAAAAGAAGAAGCUCUUAAAAAAUAAAAACUUCCUGAUAAACCCAUGCAGAAUAUACGUUCGCAACUAUCCAGCCUCUUUGGAACAAAAUUUAUUCAGGCAACUCAUAACGAAAUAUUUCACCCCCCUAUUUAUGCAAAAGCACAAUUUAAAAAAAAAAGAAGCAUUCAAAAAAGCCAAUGAAAUUAUUAAGAAAAUGAAAAUUAUGAAAGAUCACACAAAAGAGAAAGAACCAACACAAAAUGAGGAAAAAAAUAAAAAAUUAAAAGAUAAAAAAAUUAGCAACAAAAAUAGCCAAAAUUUGAUAUGCUUCAUCGAUAUUAACAAACAUGAACAUGCCAAGCAAAUAAUUCACUUUCUUCAAAAUAGGAAUAUUUACGAACUGAUUAACGAAAUAAUCUACAAAAAAAAGUUUCAAACCAUUCGCAAAAAUAAGAACAUCAUGUAUGUCGAUUACUGCAUUGAAGACAUACGAAUGGUGCAUAUCAAAAAAUUAAAAGAAGAAAAAUUUUUAAAUCACAUAAGGCAAAAAAAUGGAGCCGAAACGAACUCACUCACCAAAAAGACUAUUAAAAAAAAGAAAAAAAAAGAAAGCAGAGGAAAAAGGCAACGUGAAAAAAGACGCCUUCUAAAAAUGCAAAACGAAAACACAAACAUCGCUCAUAUAAUUAAGAGCACAUCGUCAAUCCAUGUGCAACAGUCGAAUGCGCCAAAUGGGCCAGAAAAAGAAAACGCCCAAACGAAUGGCGCACACAACAUUAGCGCAACGAAGAAAAAAUCAAAGCUUAAGUUGAAGGAAAAGCACCUCAACCAGGUUUCUCAUUCCAAGGAGGCGAGUAAAAAAAAGAAAGUCUCCUUCCAAUCCGAGGAAAAAGAAGAAAAUACAAAAAAAAAGACAAGCAACAAGUUAAUCAAAAAGACCGGGAAAAAAUCUGCAACCAAAAAUGAUAAAGAAAUUGAAUCGAUACAAAAGGAUGUUUUAAACUUUCUCAAGAAAAACAAAAAAUAA